GAUAAGACGUGUAUAAUAUGCUGUGCGUAUAUUUUUGAAUAUUGAACUUUUUUUUCGAUAUUAAUAUCGCAUAAUAAAAGUAAAUUAAUAAUAUUUUAAAUAUUAAUUGUUUAAUAAUUUACAUCUAUAAUAUUUGAAAAAAUAAUAAGUGAAUGUAACGAUGGUAUAAGAGUGCAAAUUAUUAGAAAAUAUUUUAAAAAGAAUUUUCCAAAUGCAAAAAAAAAAAAUUUUUUUUUUUAAAUUUUCCAUACUUUUUUAUCUUCUAUGUUUUUGAAUUUCUUUCAAUCACUAAUUAGAUUAACCUUAGAAUUUUCAUGUGACAAAUAAAAAAAAAAUAUGUAUUCAAUAUCAAAAUAGGAAAAUAGUCACAUAAGUACGUACAUAUGCAUACAUAAAAGUACAUAUUAUAUAUACAAAUUAACCAUGAAAAAAUAUUAGAAAUCCAAAAAUUUAUAUAAGUUAUUUAAAACAUACAUGUGUAACUUAUUAUAAUAAAUAAUUUUAAGAUUAAAAAUAAUUUGUAAAUAAAUAAUAAAAAUUUUGUAAAACAAAGUUGCAAAAUAUAAAAUUAUUAUGGAAAAACUUCAUGAUUAUCAAGGUUGGCAAGGGCGAUUACAUGAGUUUCGUGACAAUGCCAAAGAACGUUUUGCAAGUUUUCGUGAACAACAUCCAGAAAAUUUAGCUGAAGCUGCUAAAAAUGCAGCAUUAGGAACAUUAAAAGGAAAUGCUAGUGCUGAUCAAGAUUUUUCUCAUAUAUACAGACGCAAAACCCGAUUGGAGCUAAUUAGAGUCUCAGCGGCUGUAAUGGGAAUUGAAUUUUCGUAUGCAGCAGAAACAGCAUUUGUUAGUCCAACUUUAUUAAAAAUUGGUGUUGAACAUCAGCAUAUGACUUUGGUAUGGGCUUUAUCGCCUUUAGUUGGUUUCUUCUUAACACCAAUUCUCGGUUCAAUGAGCGAUCGAUGUAAAUUAAAUUUGGGACGUCGACGUCCUUUUAUUAUUUUACUCUCAAUCGGUGUAUUUUUAGGUUUAUUAUUGGUACCGAAUGGUGAAAAUCUUGGCUAUUUAUUUGGCGAUGUUGAUCCACAUAUGCAAAUUUCCGCAAUGAACUUAACUACAAACCAAACGGUGAAUAAUAUAUAUAUAUCGCCACAUCGAACUUCAGCUUCUGAUACAAAAAUUGAAAUAGUGCCAAAAACAUCACAUCCAUGGGGAAUAUUAUUUACAAUCAUAGGCACUGUUUUAUUAGAUUUUGAUGCAGAUGCCUGCCAAAGUCCAUCUAGAGCCUAUCUACUAGAUGUCACUGUUCCAGAUGAUCACGCUAAAGGACUUUCAACUUUUACUAUAAUGGCUGGACUAGGAGGUUUUUUCGGUUAUUCAAUGGGAGGUAUUAAUUGGGAUGAUACUACAAUUGGAAGGAGAUUGGGUGGGCAUGUAAAGGCAGUUUUUACCAUAAUAACAUUCAUUUUCAUUGCCUGUGUUGUAUCUACCAUAACUAGUUUUAAGGAAAUUCCUUUGUGGGUUCUUGCAAAUCCAAAAUAUAAAGGUGGUGCUGCUAACCCAGAAGGGGAACCAUUAGAUCGCGAUACUAUUAUGUACGGAGCAUUCGAAGAUGAAGGAGAUGCAGAUGAUUUGGAAAUGAAAAAGCAACGUUUAAAUCUUCCUGUAAAGUCAGAAUACGCAGAAGUCCCUGGGGAAAACAUAAAUGAAACAUCAUUUACAAACGAUGAAACAGAAAUACCAUUAAAUGAUGGUGGUGGAGUGGGUGGAUUAAAUCAGAAUACUGGAAAUAGUAUUUUAAAUGAAAAUGAUGGUGAAGCUGCUGUACAAUCUCUUUCACAUUAUUUACUUUCAAUUGUUCAUAUGCCCCACUCACUAAGAAUGGUUUGUUUGACAAAUCUUUUUUGCUGGAUGGCACAUGUUUCAUAUUCAUUAUAUUUUACGGAUUUUGUUGGUGAAGCUGUAUUUGGUGGAGAUCCAAAAGCGUUAGAAGGAACAGCAAUACAAAUGUUAUAUGAAGAAGGCGUACGUUUUGGAUGCUGGGGAAUGGCAAUGUAUUCAUUAUCGUGUUCGUGUUAUUCUUUAAUAAUAGAAAAAUUAAUACAAAGAUUUACUGCAAAGCCUGUGUAUAUUGGAGGAUUAUUGUUUUAUUCAAGUGGAAUGGUAUUAAUGGCUUUUACAAGAAGUAAAUUUAGCGUGAUAAUUUUCAGUUGGACUGCUGGUGUCAUGUAUUCAACGUUAUUUACGAUGCCUUAUCUUUUAGUGGCCAGAUAUCAUUCAAAAGGAGUUUUUGAAAUUGGUGCAGAUGGGGAAGGUAAAUUGGGUGGAGAUGUCAGGGGUUUGGGCACUGACGUAGCAAUUGUAUCUUCAAUGGUUUUCUUGGCACAAUUCAUUUUGUCUUUAUGUAUGGGUACAAUUGUAACAAUGUCCGGUACAACAACUGCUGUUGUUAGCGUAGCUAGUUUUUUAGCACUUUGCGGAGCAGUAUCAGCCACUCAAAUAAUGUAUUUGGAUUUAUAACCGAUUUCAAAGCAAUUUUUGUUAUUGUUCAAUUCGACGAAAAUGAAUUUGUUAUGUGAGUCCUUAAAUUAAAUUAAUAACAUUUGUAGUUCAUGUUACAUAAAAGUAUUAAUAUUGUAAAGCUAUUAAACUUAAGAAAUGUAUUUGUUUAAAAAAAAUUAUUUGAUGCCUAGCUAUGGAUUUGUGAAAACAUUUAUUAACAUAAAUUACUAACUAAUGUACCUAUUAAAUUAAUAUACAUAUACAUAUUUAUUGAAAUUUUAAAUGGCAAAUAUUAAAAUAAAAAUAUUGUCUUCGAAUAUUAUUAUAAUGUUAAA